UCCUAUUCAGAACAAGACAACACCUAGGGUCAUUUCAAAGCAGCCUUGUUUAAUAAAGUCUCCCCGACGUGCCAAUGUUGCAAAAAGACCUAAGUCACCACUUCCAAAGAGGCAGGCCAAAAAACAUGCUAAUGUUCCAUCCUAUACAGGCAUUAAGCAAAAUGUUGAGAUUAAAUCAAGUGUUGCUUUCGAAAUACCAUCCACCAGCAAGUCACAUGAUUUCAGUAUAUCGCGUGAUGAGUUUGAUCAAUUCAAACUCUCAGUAUUUAUUUUUUAAUUGUUUUUAUUAUUAAAUUUGUUUUUAAUUUGUAUAUUUAGCGUUAAAUUACAUAUAUAUGUCCAAUUUCAGAUGGAGAAACAGUUUACUGAUUUAAGGAACUUCAUUGAAAACAACUUCAAAGUUGUGUUGGAUUAUAUCAAAUCAAAGAAUGCGGAAGAUAAGGGUGAUGGUGUAGAAGUUACAGAUAAAGUGCCAGUUGGUGUCGUUCAAUCCGAAGAACCUUCUCAACAUUUACCUUCUGAAUUGAACUGUCAAUCUGUUUUUAAUGAUCUAAAUGAUCAAGAGAAGGUUGUUCGAGUAUCAGUCCCAUCAUCUACUCCAGAAGUUAGUAUUCACCAGUUAAAUUUACACUCUCCAGCUGGACAAUCAACAUUUAGCCCUUUAGUUCAACAAUUCAGUAAUCCCGAGCCACAUAUAAUUUAUUACUUUUGUGUUAUAAACAACAUUAUCAAUUGUUAUAUACAAAUAAACUAA